AUGGAGUGGCUUAUCAGAUAUGGAGGGAAUGCUGAGAAAGUUCCUGAUUAUGAUUGCGGACCUGAAGAUAAGAGACCCGGACGUAAAGACUACGCCCUGGGUACAUUAUUCAUUACGUAUGGAAUUACAGCUGUGAUUAUUUACAUACUAGACUUGAUGGUUAUGGUAAGGAAACAACAUCGCUCUCUUUCCUGCUACAAAAUUAUGAUAGCGCUAGGAAUAUGCGACAUGGCAGCGUUGUCACUGAAUUCCUUAUUGACCGGAUAUUUUUGGAUCAUAGGUGCUAAUUAUUGCACACACCCUACGUUAAUGUUUAUUACUGGCUCGCUUGCACUUGGGUUAUGGUGUGGCGCAUGUAUGAUUUGCUUUGUUUUGGUGAUCAAUCGUCUGCUGGAUAUAUGGAAUAGAGAACUGAUGCAAAAGGCACGUUUUUUUCCUUAAUU